GGGCAGAGAAAAGGAGGCGGCGUCGGCGGUGACUUUACAGAAGAGUUCCCAGGCGCCCUCUGAAAACUGACUAGACUAGUCAAUUUCAACCGGGGUCGACGGUGCCCCUGGUAAACAGAAGAAUGCGAGAUCGGGAAAGGGGGGCACGGACGGCGACGGGGUGGCGAGCCUGAGUUCUCGGGUUCCCUAGACUUUUGCUUGCGCGCACACACACACAAACACACACACAGGCGCGCGCGAGAGCUCCCAGGCACGCGCGCGCACACACACCCCUCGCUCCCUCCGGCACCACAAAGUCCUCCGAGCCCGGGAACUGAGAGGAGAUCAAAAGCAUUUUUUGCGCGCAAGUGCGCGCUUCGGAAGCGGAGAGAGGUCAGCCAGCCCGGCCGCCCGCCCGCCCCUUGGCUUUUGCUUUGGCCAAGCUUUGCUCGGCGGUGGAAGGAGAUUGCAGAAGAGCAGCCAGCCGGUGUGACACACACACACACACACACACACACACACACACACAGAGUGCGCGCCUUUGGGCUUUGCAACUUGGUGCGCCGGGCAGUGCGAGGAUCUCUACUGGCCGAUGAGGUAUCUGAACAACUGCUCAAGCGUUGGCUGCAAACAAUCUGGAUCUGCAGACCUGAAGCCUCGAAGGAUACCUCUUACCUGCGAUGGGCCUGGUAUUCAUCUAGGAAGAACUGGAGAUUGCUUGGGACACCCCGGGCUUAGCGAAAUAUAGCCCCCUGGGUUGCCUGGACCUUUUAACAAACAAUUAAUUUCUCAUUCCUGACUUCUACAAACAGCUGGGAUCCAGUCCCCAAGUGCUGAAUUACCAUCCAUUUAAUUGACUGAAUAUUCUUUAACAAGGCCUCAUCUCCUCUCCAUUCCCUUGUAAAGAAGUGCAACUCCCAGUAGCAUUUAUCAUCAUUAACAGAGACUUUUUUAUGUACUGUGAGAUUUCUGAAUAUAUUUCAUUUGUUUGGCUUGCUCCCCCGCCCCCCACUUCUCUGGUGGAGUUUAUCUUGACUAGUUAUCGCACACACACGCACACACACGGAGCACUCCGAUGGCUUCAUAAAUCAGAGGAGCAGCUGCCCUUAUUCAUGAUGGGGCGAGAGCAGGAGCUGAUCCAGGCUGUGAAAAACGGGGAUGUACCUGGUGUGCAGAAAUUGGUGGCAAAGGUCAAGGCAUCCAAAAGCAAACUCUUGGGAUCAACUAAACGGCUGAAUGUGAACUACCAAGAUGUGGAUGGGUUUUCAGCACUACAUCAUGCAGCCCUGGUUGGAAGCCUGGAACUUAUCUCCCUGCUGCUGGAGGCACAGGCCACUGUGGAUAUUAAGGACAUCAACGGAAUGCGCCCACUGCACUACGCUGCCUGGCAAGGGAAGGUGGAGCCAGCACGCCUGCUUCUACGAGCAGCUGCUUCAGUCAAUAUGGCGUCGCUGGAUGGGCAGAUCCCAUUGCACCUUUCGGCGCAAUAUGGCCACUAUGAGGUGUCAGAGAUGCUGCUCCAGCACCAGUCCAACCCAUGCCUCAUCAACAAAGCAAAGAAAACCCCCCUGGACCUGGCCUGUGAGUUUGGAAGGCUAAAGGUGGCCCAGCUGCUUUUGAACAGCCACAUGUGUGUGGCUUUGCUCGAGGGACAAUCCAAAGACACAAGUGACCCUAACUACACCACUCCUCUUCAUUUGGCAGCCAAGAACGGGCAUAAAGAGAUAAUCAGGCAACUUCUGAAAGCUGGAAUUGAGAUCAACAAACAGACGAAGACGGGGACUGCCUUGCAUGAAGCAGCGUUGUAUGGGAAGACCGAGGUGGUGCGCCUGCUGCUGCAAGUGAGACUAAAAGGUGGCAUCGAUGUCAACAUCCGCAACACCUACAACCAGACAGCUCUGGACAUUGUGAACCAGUUCACCACUUCACACGCCAGCAAGGACAUCAAGCAACUACUACGAGAGGCAUCAGGAAUCCUGAAGGUCCGAGCUUUGAAGGAUUUUUGGAACCUCCAUGACCCAACUGCUCUCAAUGUCCGUGCCGGAGAUAUCAUCACGGUUCUGGAGCAGCAUGCAGACGGACGCUGGAAGGGUCAUAUCCAUGACUCUCAGAAAGGCACCGACAGAGUUGGUUACUUCCCUCCAUCCAUUGUCGAAGUCAUCAGCAAGCGGACAGCAGGUGACAGGAACAGUGUGGGCAGCGAGGGCAGCAUUGGCAGCAUCCGGAGCGCUGGCAGCGGUCAGAGUACUGAGGGCACCAAUGGGCAAAUCACUGGACUCCUCAUUGAGAAUGUCAAGCCACUUUCACCGACUGGUGAGGAUCUUCAGCAUUCUCACAAUGGCCAGACGAAUUCCGUGAUAGGGACGCUGGGGCACCAGAACCUCUCCAACUGUAACACCAACGACAGGAUCUUCUCCCACCAAUAUCUACGGCCAGAGCAGCUCCUGGAAGGGAAGGAUGCUGAAGCCAUUUAUAAUUGGCUGAGUGAAUUCCAGCUGGAGGGCUACACAGCCAACUUCCUGAACGCGGGCUACGAUGUGCCCACCAUCAGCCGCAUGACCCCGGAGGACCUCACAGCCAUUGGGGUGACCAAGCCAGGCCACAGGAAGAAAAUAUCCGCCGAGAUUGGGCAGCUUAGCAUUGCCGAAUGGCUCCCAAAUUACAUCCCUGAUGACCUAAUGGAGUGGCUGAGUGCCCUUGGACUACCCCAGUACCACAAGAAGCUGGUGAGCAACGGCUAUGACUCCAUCAGCAUUGUGACAGAUCUGACUUGGGAGGACUUGCAGGAGAUUGGCAUCAACAAGCUUGGCCACCAGAAGAAGCUCAUGCUGGCUGUCAAGAAGCUGACCGACCUCCGCAAGAGCCUGAGCCAGGCUGACACCAGCACCCUCAGGCGCAAGAUCCCCGGCGCCUUGGACAUCGUUACCAUCGAGUCUGUCGAGAACGGGGAGUGCCACUCUCCCCACACGCCCAAGAUGACCACUUUCCAGGACAGCGAACUGAGCUACGAGCUCCAGACGGCCAUGUCCAACAGCUGCCAGGAGACGCUGACCAUCAAGAGCGCCCAGGGCAUGUCGCGGAGCCAAGAGAGCAUCGGGGUGCGGUCCAGGGGGUCGGGGCACUCCCAAGAGAACAUGCUGUCCCACAGCACUACCUCGAGCCGAUCGCAGGAGAGCUUGGGAAGCGGCGAGAGCAGCAGUGGCAGCAGCGGCGGACACUCUUCUACCCAACCCCGCCUCACGGAAAACUCCACUGCCCCGCAGAGUCGGCCCAACCCAGAGAACUAUGGGAAAUUUGUUCCGCAGCUCAGCAGCCCUGAGGGAAUCAACGGCUAUUCCAGCGGUUGUGCGGGAAGCCCUCUGAGGGAGAGAAAUCUGCCUGAGGGGAUGGACCAGUACCAGAGACCAAGCGCUCUGAAGGGGGAUUUCCUUCCCCACACAGAGCCUCCCGAGACAUUUCCAGCCACGUCCCCUUGUGCAUCGCCCCACACGGCCAGCAAGGGGACCGCCCCAUAUGUCUUCAUGUACCCCCACGUGUCCUUGAAGUCCCCUCCGCCGCCUCCUUCGCCGUCCGUGCCUGAGCAGGCCAAGGCCCCUGCUCCCUUCUCUGCCCAGAGGACCAUCCUGCAGUCGACAGCCCAGAAAGCUUUCUCCUACCUCCAUUCCCACUGUGGCCCCACAGAGCCGCCACACGUGCCCCCCAAGCCCGGGGCGGAGCAGCAGAACGCUGAGGGCUUCAAGCACAAGAAGCGCUCACACAGCUUGAACCGCUACGCGUUGUCCGACGGGGAGGGCGAGGAAGAGGAGCCUCCCGCCAGCUCCGUGGGCUCAUACGCUACCCUGACCAGGCGGCCGGGGCGCAGCCAGGUGCCGCGGACGCAGCCGUCGUCAACCGCCAAGGUCUCGCGCAGCCAGUCCUUUGCCAUCCGCGCCAGGAGGAAGGGCCCCCCGCCCCCGCCUCCCAAGCGCCUCAGCUCGGUCUCCAGCGCGCAAGUUGGUGCAGAGUACGAACAGGGCCAAGAGACACCAAAGGGACCCUCCCUCUCCCAGGACGGAGGAGGAGAUGGCCCUCGUGACAGGGGCUGCUCUCUGAGAAAUGCUGCAGCCGUGCUCAAUGGGCCUGUGGCUGACGGGAGCCUGGCCAAGCCUCUUAAGUCCCCCAAACCCACCGGUCUCGGUCAGGAGUCGGCCAGCAAGACGGGCCUGCACAAUUCAGCCCGAGCAGACCCCAGCAGCGCGGAAGCUGCCAGUGGCCAAAGCCAGGCUUUUGAAGGCAACGUCCCCCGAAAGAGACGGACGUUUAGCGAACCUGCGCUCGCCAUGACGGAAGCUCUGCAGCACAGCCACGAGGACACCCGGUCCGACACGGAGGAAGAAGCAACAGCGGAGACUGAUGGCUGCGCCAAGUCCCCCUGCUCGUCUCAGAACAGCUCCAGCGAGUGUAUUCCCUUUGCGGAAGAGGGCAACUUGACCAUCAAGCAGCGGCCGAAGCCCACUGGGCAGCUCAAGGCAGACGCCGCUGCGCCAGAGUCCGAUUCUGCCUCAACUCGGCCUUAUGGGGAAGAGCAAGAAGAGCCCCCAGCGAAAGAGGGCCCCGCAGUGUUGGAAUUCAACCUCACAGAGUCCGACACGGUCAAGAGGCGGCCCCGGUGCAGGGAGAGAGAGCCCCUCCAGAACGUGCUGAAAGCGUUUGAGGUGGCUGCGCCCAGCUCAUCAUCCUCGGCUCCACAGUACGCCCAGGCUCAGACGGUCAGCAUCAGCGGACCCUCGCUCCACCCGGCGGAGCCACAGCCAGCGGGAGACGCUUUUGAUGACGACAGCAUGGAGCUGCAGAUCGCAGAGAUAGAGAAGAGCAUCCUGUCUCUGGAAAGGGGGAUCAAGAAGCCGCCUGUCUCUCUGAAACCAACCAGCCCAAUCCCACUGCAGGUCGAGAGGAACGGAGGGGCAGUCCAUCUGAGGACGGCAGCCAAUGCGGCAGAUGUCCUGGCCAAGCACACAUCCAUUGCUUCUACCAAGCUGGUGUUUUCGGGGCCAAAAACCAUCUACCAACAAGUCCUGCAGAACUCCCGCAACACUGUCGCUCCCUGGGCAGCCACAGAGAUGGUUUCAGAAGGGAUGGGUCCCUACCCCAUGAAACUGGGGCUGGGCAGCAAACCCGCCUUGAGUUUUGGGGUGCCCCUCGCCAUGAGGCCUUUGAGUGCAUCUCCGGACAUGAUCCACGCUCAGCAAAGGCUGGAACAAACCAACUCAUCCUUGGCAUCCACGCUUGAAGCGGCAGAAAAGAAAAUCAACGCAGAGGAGGCAGACAGCAACUAUGGGACAGCACAUUCGGCCAAGAACAUCCUCGAAGACAUCAGCAACAUGUUUGAUGACCUUGCAGAGCAGUUGGAUGCCAUGUUGGACUGAGGACGGGCUUCCUUCUCUGAUGAUGAUGCAGGUUCAUCCUUCUACCCUACCAUUUAUGAGAAGUGGACAGCUUGGGGAGAAAUCCCACGACUACUCAUCGGCCUCUCCUUCCAGGCACUUUACCAUCUUUUCCUGAUUUCUUGUGAGUGCUAACUUCCAGCCAGAGGCAACUGCACUCCAAGGCCAUUUCUUGGACAAAUACCUUGGGGCAAGAGUGCGUGAACACACAUCAACUUGGUGUUUCCAUCAGAGGGCACCAGAUGCUUGCCAGGCCUCUAAACAGUGACCACCCACAUCAGCACUGAAGCUACAAAGAAGGGCUGGUUGAAUGCCUGCAACGUUGAACCACAAGGGAGGCAGACCAAUGCUGGAGGCUACUGAGAGCUUCCCUUGGACCCUGGCCUCCUUCCCACGUAAUACCACAGACAUCUAUGCUUCUUGCAAAGAGCAGCCCAUUCCCUACUCCUGCGUCUUGUCAUUUCAAACGAUGCCAACAAUGUGUCAGCUUCCCUAGGGCAGUGACAUCCGCAAAGGGGCCGAGGCUCAAUGUGGCCAAGUUGACAAAAGGGAACAGGAUUGGUAAGCCUGGCAGCUUCCAGAGCAAGACAGGGCCUUGCUGCUUUUCCCAACGUUGUCAGCAGAGGAAGGACCGUGUAAUCCGAGUGGAUUUAAAUCCCGCACGUUGCCCCAUCUUUGCCUCGACCUCCAAAAGCAGCUGGCACAGCCUGUGGCUCCCAGAAAAGUAAAAUAAGCUCAAGAGUGACACACUUUUCAGGGGAACUGAAAACUACUUGACCUUCUUUCCCAAAUACCUCGGGUCUCAUUCAUCGCAUGGGCCGGGUGGGUUGGUGGAGAGAGAAAAUAGUCUUCCAUUUCUUUUUCUUUCAGUAGAAUCUGGGAGGAAAACGCUGAUUGGUGGGGUGGCUUACAGUGCAUGGCACCCUCCAGUGGCAAAAAUAAUACAAGGGAUCCUGAACAUGCUCUCCAUUGUAGCAUAAAAAGUGACUUUUCCUAGUUGCAAAUACUCUUCCCUAUCCUUUUUCCAGCAGGGAACGAAGCAUGUAGAUCUAUUCUUAAAAUAGAAAUUAAAGCAGACAGCAUUUGGGCUAUAAGAUGAAACUGCUUUUCCAAAGACCAUUCCUUGUAACUCAUCUCCCUGUCCAAAGUGAGCCCAUCCCUACCAACAACUGAGUGCAGCAGACAAAGGGCCCAAUUGCAACCCCAUGGCAUUCCACUUCCUUCCUCCCUAGGGACAGUUCCACUCUGAUGAGGGGGCUCUUACGUAGCACCUUUGUAAAUAUGCCCAAGGUGGUGCCAAUCAGGCAGCCUACAGAAGGAAGAGAAGGGAAAAGUAAAGUGUAAUAGUUGCUGCUUACAUGCUGCAGGCAGAUUAGAACUCGUCCAUGACUGAUAUGGCAGAGAGACUGUAGCUGAGCAGUACAGCACAUGCAGAAAGGUCCGGUCUCCAGCAUUUCCAGGUAAGGCUGGCAAAAACUGAAAGAGCCACUGCCAGUGAUACUGAGCUAGAUGGACCAAGGGGUCAGACCCUGUAGAAGGCAGCUUCCCAAGCGAGUUUUAUUUCAAGUCUAAAAUGAAGAUGACCAUGCAUAUCACAGACUUAAAACUUCUGCCAGUUUUUCCCAAGUAUUGAGGCAGACAGGGCAACUCAGCAGUUUUAAAGUUAAGGCAACAGAUCCUCUGGGCAUCACGGGGGAAAGGGCUCUGCUGGAGGAGCCAGGAUGUGCAUCGCUUUUGAUUUCUUAGUAGUGAAUCAUGAAGUGGCAAGCAUUGAGCCACUUGCAAGGAAGUGAAAUCCAAAUGGCGAAGGGAAAAAAGCGAGAGGCUACAAUGGAGCCUAUUAAUGUGUCUUGGCCAUAGAUGUAGUUUCUCUUUAUUUUUUUGGACUCUCUUUUUAUCCAUAGUGUCAAGUGGAUUAGUCAUCCUCUGGUUGAUGACUAGUGCUAAAAAAUAUUUUUUUAAAGAAUUGCUGCAACCAGUGGCACUUUAUAAAAAGGUUCAUUAAGCCUUUUUGAAAAGAGGUUUGGAUUUCACAGUAGUUGAUUUGGGAUGCAUCCUUCCCCCCCCCCCCCGUUGAUAAAACUGUAAUUUUUUAAAAGAAAUGUAUAUAUUUUUUAAAUGUGGAUUUGUUGUAUAUUUACUAACCAGAGUGCUGUUGUAUUUUAGAGUUGGGGGGGGGGUGGAACCACAUUACUGUCUGAGCCACUAGGGGGCAGUAAAAUGCUGUUCUUUGUGAUCACUAAUGAGAAAAAUUCCCCCUUCCCUUUUUGCCCAAAAUGCUUAUUUUUUAAGAGCUAGUUCUUUAUUUUAAAUAUAUUGUAUGCUGUGUAAAUUAUGUAUGGAUGCAGUUGUGUCUAACCAGCCUUGGCCCCACCUGCUCUAUGUAGCAGGAACUGGCCUAGGGAAAUUAGUCCAGGCAAAACACCAGCCAGGCAGUUUUUAAAUCAUCUAGUCUGUUUGUGUUAAUCAUGAAUUCUUGUUUUAAACUAACAUAAACAGCAACUUUAUGGUAUUAAACACUGGGAAUCGUUUUCCCUUUUGACAGAUGUA